GCACAGAGGGCAGCAGUGUGUGAAUAAGGAAGUGGCACUGAAGUGACUCGAUCUCAAAGUGUUUCGGAAAGAUAUGACUGGGCUGUCCUGCCGUAAGACAUACACCCAAACUGAGUAAAAACUUUAAAACCGACCCUCUCUGUUACUAAGAGGACGUGAAAAGUGCAUGUAAAUUGAACGGGCAUAUCAGACUUAAACAGACGAACAGACUUGCACCAUCUGCAAGAAUGAGAUUCAUUGCACUUGGCGUCAUUCUUUGUGCUGGAUAUUUCUGUUCAACAGCCUUAGCCCAUCCUCGGGGAGAUUGGACGAAACUCAUCAUAACUCGACAUUGGCCACAGACAUUUUGCAGUGUGGAACAAUGCACAACAAAUUUAAGCUAUUGGACUCUGCAUGGAUUAUGGCCCAACACUGGCAUGAGGUGCAAUACAUCCUGGCAUUUUAAUGUCAGUUUGAUCGAGGACUUAAUCCCAGAAAUGGAAAAAUACUGGCCAGAUCUGCUGGCACCUACUUCCCCCAAAUUUUGGCAAUAUGAAUGGACAAAGCAUGGGACCUGUGCUGCGAAAGCUGAUUCUCUGAACAGUCAACACAAAUACUUCAGCAAAGCUCUCGAGCUAAACCUCAAGUAUGACCUCAAUAGUGUUUUAAAGAACAACAACAUCGUCCCCUCUGAGGAGUACUACACACUGGAUCAGGUGGAGACAGCCAUUACCGGCUUUUUCGGAGUGAAGUCUAAGAUUCAGUGCGUCCAUUCAGGAAAGGUUCAGACUUUGGGCCAAAUAGAGCUCUGCGUCGACAGGGAUUUCCAGCUGAUCGAUUGCGAAAAGUCAAGCAAAGAAAUCUGGAGCAAUGACAUCCCCGCAGUGCUCGUCAGUAGCCAGUCAGAUCUCAGUGUGUGUGAUCACUCCGUGCCGGUCUAUUACCCUCCGGUGCCCAGCAGAUCAUAGAGGUGGGCAACCCCAGACCUCGUGUGGGAGGAGUGUGAAAUCACUGAGCAAGAGAGUUCAGACCAGGAUUCAUCCUGUAUUUGAAACACUGGAAACAGUGUGGAAAACUUUCCUGAUUACACUAUAUUUUUAAGCAAUUGCACAUCAUAUUCCUUUGUUGUUUUAAAUGAUGAUGCUGGAACAGUCUAGUGAAGAUUUAAGGGUGUCACAGCCUGCUGGAUUCUACUGGGGUCACUUUUUAUUGCAGGUUCUGUAGGUUUUACAGUUUACUGUUGCUGAACCAAACUGCUGUCAUUUUUCUCAUUUUUUUUUCCUAAUUACAUUUACCACAUUUUUUAUUUGUAUUUUUUUUAUGUUACUUUUAUGACAUUUAGAGUCAUAAAUGGGCACUGUGCAUGUAGACAUUUGACUUUUCCCCCCGAUUCACAUUAUUCUAAAUGAUUCUCUUUUAAUGAUACAGUAUUUUUAUUAUAGUAAAAACUGUUCUUUUUUUAAAUCAGUAUAAAUUACAAGCAAUGCAACAAAUACUACCAUGCUGUAUCAAUUCUUGAAAAUGUACAUAAUAUAGCACUAUUAUGUUCAUCCAGUAAAUCAGAAAUAUAUAUUUUUAGUAAGCUAAUGGCUCAAUUUCCAUGAAAGUAACCUACUGAUCCUAAAAUAAAGUUAAAAUGUAUCUUUAUUAUUAAGCAAAAUGCAAGUCUUUAUUUCUUUUGAUUCUAAUAUGAGUUAUGACCCAUCAUGUUUUCAACCCAUUCUCUGAUAUUCACUUCUUUUUAUAUUACAGACCUAGAGCUGUAAUAUUCUGCCUUUGAUAUAUUUAAUCUGAUACAAUUGAUUUUAUGUCUGCCAUUCAUCUCUUAAUUUGCAGUGUUAAUGUGUUAAAUUUGUGGUAGGUUUGGAGCUUUGGGCCUAAUGGCAGCAGUUGCACAUUUAAGCUUCUGCCGCUGGAGGGCAGCACAUGCAUUCUGCCAAAAACAAAAAAGCACAAUGUUUACAGAUGUGUUGUUCACAUUUGCACAGAAUGUUCAGGUAAAUCAACAGUGUUUUUCUGGCUUUUUAACCGUUAAACACCAUUUUUAGAUAAUCAUUUCAUCAGAGGCUGAUUUUGCCCAUUUGGUGUUUAUACCUAACAAAAAGCCAUUUCAGAUGUGGGCAUUUGAUGCACAACUUUUAUACUGGAAAGGCAUGUAUAAUGCUGGUGAAAGUAAUUUCCAUUAUUAUUAUUAUUAUUCUGUUGGUACAGAGGUCUGUUACUUUAACAGUAUGUGAUAAAUGUCUUCUAUCAUUCACUUCAACAUCAACUUUUUUUUUUUUUUUUUUUUUUUUUUUUUAAUGCAGUGUCAAUUGAAUAAAUAAAAAUUACAUAAUUCUG